AUGUCGAUACGGUUGUUUGGUUUACAGAUUACAGGACCGUCAGUAGUCAAUCCGGUUAGAAGUGAACGUCAACCUCAUGUGGCCCCUCUUGUGUCGCGUCGUCGACCUUCUUCUGCCCGUCGCCGUCGCCGCCGCCCCCCGCGCGCAAGCACCACCUCGCUGGUUCCAUUCUCAUGGGAGCGCCACCCGGGCGUGCCCAAGAACUCGUUCCGCGGCGGGCGCGACUCCCCUACGGGCAACCCGCUUCCGCUGCCGCCUCCGCUGCUCCGCCCGGCGGCCCCUCGACGCCGGCGCCGGCGCCAGCCCGCGAAGGCCGGGGCCCCGGCCGCGUCGUCGUCCUCCGACGCCAGGGACGAUGACCCCUUCUUCGCCGCCUUCGCCGAGUGCACCAGGGACGACGACGACGACUACGCCGCCGCGGACGAUGCCGAUGCCGACGACGACGACACCAAGAACAAGCUGUGGCCGGUGCCGGCGAAGCCAGCAGGAGUGUCAUCCGGGCGCGCCGAGCGCCGGUGGUGGAUCGCCGGCGGCGGCGGCGGGCUCGUGGCCUUCCUCGACAUGCACGGGUGCAAGAGCGCCAUGGAUGUCGUCGCUGACGGCGCCUUCCACCCCCGCCGGCUCGUCGCCGCUGCAGAUCCCAGGCCUCCGGUCGUGCGAGGAACCGCAAGAUAA